GCGACUUGGCGCAGCUCGAGGCCUCACCAUCUCGGUACAUAACCCCUCCCCCUACCCACAACCAGGUGAGCGACCACCUCCAAGAUCAGCAGUCGCUUCUGCUCGCUUCCGCAUAUCUGCUCCUUCUCCGUAUCAGCCGUGAUUCGAUCACGCACCAUGGCCAAGCUUUUGUUUCUCGUUGCUGUUCUCGUCGUGGCAGCAGCCGUGGCGGCUGAUGCUCACGUAUCACCUCUUCCUCCCCCCCCACCCAAGGCUGCUGCGCCUGCUCCGGUUCCCGCUCCUAGUCGCAGCCCCAUCGUGAAGAAGGUUUCGACCUUCUCUCUGAAGUGCGUCAUUCACAACGUGGCGACGAGGGCCAUAUCGGUGAAGCUGAUCGUUCGGGGCAAGGAUGCGGCGAAGGCUGUGGUGGCAAAGGCUGGGCAGUGGACCGCCAUCGGGCCCGUGAAGGUGGAGUGCUCCGUUCCGGUGGUGCACGUGUGGGUGUCAGUGAAGAACAACAAGGGCUUGACUGUGACGAAGACCUUCCCGAUCAAGUUGGCCGAGUUUCUGAAGAACAUCGUGCCCAAGUGCUCGAAGGUGCUGGCGUUGACGGCAUUUGAGAAGGGGAAGGGGAGUGAGAAGAGUCUGGUGGUGAAGGUCGGCAAGAAGGAGGUGCUCACCGUGAAGUACUAGAUCCCAGUCAAGUCAAGGAUUGUGGACCUAUUCGAGUCGCUGCAAUCGGGCUAUGAGAAUCAGGACAUGCUGUCCAGUUGGGGAGUUGAUCCGAGGGGGAUGGAUGCUGCUACCACCCAAAGUCUUGGUUAAGAGAUGUUGUUUGAGCACUGCCGGAUGCACAUUGCAUGAAUUGUAGAAGUAGAUAAUUACAGCUGCGUCGGAAGCGACUCAGUUCGAGACGUCGAGGACGUCGACAUCUUGAGAUUUGAUCGAGCACCAGUUCGAUAGUCAUCAUAAUGUGCAUUAGUUGGGGCUCGCGUUCAUUCUUGCGACGCUGAAUGCCACAACCUGCAAACUUAUUGGACCUUAUUGGUCAUAUGCGUGGUGUGUAUUGUUUCCUGAGGAGUUGGCUGUGUGCCGAUCUGAUUACAAGUCAUCUCUUUUCAAACGUGCAAUGAAGUUGUAUGGACAACCGCCUGAAGUUGUGAGUGCUAGAAAUGGAAGCAAUGCGGUUCAUUA